AUGGAUAGACGAACCUUGGUCCAUCUUGAAAAUCUUAAUGAUCAAAGCGCCGUGACGAAAGCAACCAAUGCCGUUAAUGAAUAUUAUUAUCAUACUCUAAAGCAUCCUUCGCAUCGGAGCGACGAGUUCUGGUCAAAUUUCAUCGAGCACUUUGGAAUGCUACUUCUAAACCUCAAACCAUUAUCAGAUACUGUCAACCGGUUUCUUCAUGAUAAUUGCGGAGAGAUGUACAUGAAGUUAAGAAAUUUAUCUUGGCCUUUCGCUCCUAAAUUAUUCGAACUACCAAAAAAUGAUACCGAGAUCAACCCCAAGGUAAGUGACUCACGAAGUGAGAAUGCUAGUGCAUCUGAAACUAGCAUUAGCGAAAAUAGUGAGGACAUUAUACCCCAAUCUCAAGAAAUACCGAAUAUGACUCCUUAUCUUGCACAACGAGAAAAUAACAUGUCCUCUUUGGUUGAAUCGAAUUCCCAGAUUCCAAUAGGAGGAAUAGGAGCAAUCCUUGUUAUGGCAAGCAUUUCCACUAAGAGAAAAGCCACAGACAAUAGUAAGAGAUCUCUGGAGAGUGAUGCAAAGAGACAUAGGCAAGAAAUAUUUGAACACUACCCUCCUGAGGCACCAUCAACUAGGGCAACUCCAUCAAAUUUUGCCAGGCUUCAGGGAAAUUCUGAAAAAGAUUGUCUGAUAUUACAC